AUGGAUGAAGCGACAAAGAAAAAAUAUUGUCACCUAUUAAUGUUCGAUAUUGCUGAACAAAGUCAAGAAAAAGGUCUAAAUCACAAUGGAUCUGAUCAAAAUGACAAUGUAAACCCUUGUUUAAAUAACUCCUCACAAGAAACGGCUACAACCAUUUCCCCAACAUCACCAACACUUUCAAACAAAUCCUUAAAGCAACGAAAACCUCGUGCAAGGAAACCUAAAAGAACACCUCGACCACCAAAUGCAUUUAUCUUAUAUCGGAAAGCCAAGCAACCCGACGUCAUCGCUCAGAGUAAUAAUUUAACGAAUGCUGAAGUAUCAAAGGUUAUUUCCAAGAUGUGGUGGAACGAAACCGAAGAAGAAAGAUUUUAUUGGGAAAAACAAGCCGACAGAAUGAAAUUAAAGCAUAUGCAAGAUUAUCCUGAUUACGUUUAUCAACCAAAGAAACCUGGUACCAAAAAGCGAAAAUCAGCCCAAAGUGAUAAAUCCACAUUUUCCGUUAUACCGUUAUCGGAAAAGAUAUCGUCCAAAUUACCCGAUGAAACCAUCACCGCCAUUGCCGAAGUCGUCGGAAGUAAAUCCAACCGGUCAAUUUCCUCGACAUCUGAUACCAAUUCACUACCAUCCCCUCCACCAUCCAUCGAUAGGCCACCAACAAAUCAGCCAAUCUUGCAUAAUCAUCACAUGACAUUUCAUCAUAACAUUCCAAAUUACGCUGUACUUCCACCAACUCCAGCGACUGAUUUAUAUGAUAUUUCGGCACAAUAUUUGUUGCCUCCGCCGGAUUACAUUUCGCAUGCACAUUUAACUAUGCAACAUUGCUUUAAUCCGAUUUAUGCGACCUCUUAUGCAGACUUGUCAGGAAACACUUUUCUUGAUGCUCAACCCGUUGAUAAAUUUUCUCAUUUCAUCGGACAAGAUGCAUACUCUGCGUCGCCUUCUCACUCUUAUCCUUUCAACAGUUUUGAUGUUACAUCGGUUGACAAUUACGCCAAUUCCAAUACUACAGAAUUCUUCGCAACAACUUUAUCGUCUGCUCCUACAAUGAGCGAAGAUAUGACAACUUAUUUCGACGAGUCACACCGAGCCUCCUGUCCUGCUCAGUAUUUCAAAUAA